AUGGCGAUUUUGCCCAAUGCCUUUGUCACUUUGAGGCAGAGUCAGCAACCUUCUCAUGCCCCGUCCACAUUUGCAAUCACCAGCAAGCCUGCCCUGCCGGCAUUUUCACUGGUGUCAGAGGAGCAGUCCGGCUCUCACAGUCUCAGUUUUGGCCUGGGCUUGGGUGUACUUGCCUUGGCGGGUCGAAGACACCUCAGCAGUGCGAAAGCUGGCCGCCGCAAGGGGAGCAACUGCGUGGUGAUGCAGGCAACCAGUACUUCGACUUCAACUGCUGAAACCACCACAAAGAAGGAGGGGAAGGAGUUGGCGAAGAAAUCAGAAGUCCCUGCUGACUUGGACUGGAGCCAGGUUUCAUCACAGUGGGAGGUUGAUUGUUUCAGCCGACCGGUCAACCGAGAUGGGAAGAAGAUGUGGGAGCUGAUGGUGACUGAUGCCAACGGUGUAUACCGCAGAGUCGCACAAAUGAAGCCAACACGCGUGAACUCAGUGGUGGUUCAAAAGCUCAUGACCAUCUUUAUCGAAGAGUCCAAGGUCAAACCGCAGACGAUCCGCUUCUUCCGCAAAGUCAUGAAGAACAUGCUCAUUGUCGCGCUGAAUGCUGUCAAGGAUACCAUGCCUCAGUACAUGGAGAAGUGCAAGAUCCUCCCAAGCCGCAAUUGCCAUAUGCUUCGACUUUGGCUCUCAUAUCGAGAACGUGAGGUGUACCCAAAGAUGAUUGGCUAUGCCGCACCAGCCAAGAAGAAGACUACAAGUGUGCAGACAUCCAUGGUGAAGAUGGCAUAUGAGAACUUGCCAGAAAGGUUGCGUUUCUCCCGAUAUGCCUUGACGGCUAUUGAACUUGGUGCAUUAGCACGAGUAAAGCCAGGGCAGCUGCCUGGGAAUUUGGCUAGAAUUCCUCCAGGCUUCAGUGACAAUGCGCAGGUUUGGGGUGUGAUCAUUUUUACUUCCAGAGCCGACAUUAUUUGCUCAACCUUGCGCUCCAUGGAAAUGGCUGCAGUUCGGAUUGACCUGGAGACUGACGAGCUUCUCCUGGAGCUGGAUAUUGACACCACGUACAAAAUUUGCAAGAUCAACAUGGAAGAGAAGGAAAACUACUUGAAGUUUGAAAGGGCAAAGAGGCAACUCGGAGGAUUCCAUUUUGUGGCCGUGCAUGAUAUAGUCACCGGCGGCGAGCCUUUGCUGCCGAUCGAGGCAGACGAUAUGGGCCCGGGAGAAGGCUGUAUCACUGGACUGUGGACCCUCAUAGACUACAGCAUACAGGACGAAGACUGA